AGUGGCAACAUGAAUUCAUAGAUGACGAGUAGGAUGCCAAAGCCAGAGAUGACUGUGCUCUUGAAGAAAUGCUGGGUAGAGCAAAAAGAUGAUCAUGGGAACAGCAAUGGCAGUCAUGUAAAAAUCUUUUUACCGAAGAAGCUGCUUGAAUGUCUACCAAAAUGUUCAAGUCUACCGAAGGAGAGGCACCGCUGGAACACUAAUGAGGUAGUUACAUUUUUUAUUUAUUCUCAUGUGAAAGGGAAGAAUAAUCCAGCUCCCACCCCGGAGCCCGGCCGUGGCCCCGGGCAGCCCCGCGCCUGCUCCAAGCGCCCGCUCCACAUCCCGCGGGAAGCGCGAGCUCCGCAGGGCGCUCCGGGCUCCGGACACGCUGAUGUUGCUUCAGGGUGCGAACGUGCUUCUCCCUGUGAAAAGAUGCGAUCUGGGCGCGGGAUAGAGGCGAGGCGGGAGCGAGGGCCUCCAGAGCCGGGGCUUGCUCGGGGCCGCGCGUUCCUCUCCCUGCGCGUUGACGUCCCGAGCGUUGUCCGUCCGGGCGCUCCGCUGCGCGCCGGCCGCGGAGGCAGGGAGCUGAUCGCGGCUCUGCGCUCCGAGGAGCUGCAAGCAGUAAAUGCUGAAAGCCGCGGCGAAAGCGGAGCUGCAGCUCCGACUUGGAGCGGGAACAGCUCUGGAGAGCUUGCCAGGGACUGA